UGGAAAAGGGAAACGAUUGUCGAAAUUGUCGAAAUGUAAUAGAAGAUAGAAAAUGGCUUCUCUUUGUUUUGGUUCUGAUUUCUUUGUUAUCGUUCGGUAGUUGAAUUUAAUAAAUGUGUAAAUUUUAUUUUAGAUAGAAAAUGCCAAGUGCUUGUUUUGGCAAUUCGCGAUCUUACACGAGAAGAUCGCGUAGAAGACUUCCUAAUAGGAUACCUUUUCCGGCUAGGACUAGUACUGUAGAACUAUGCGAACCAGCGUGUGGAGGCCCUGCGACCGUCGGAACGUCCGGUGCAGCCGGUCCUAGCAGCGUCCCUCCGACGAUAGAGAAUAAUGCCCACAGCCCUCCAUACGAUUUACGGAGGAAAUCUCCGCCACAUUAUUCUCAACACGGCGAUGCGUCCACUUGCAAUAAUAUACAAUGCACUAGCGCCAACACUGCCUCGGCCUGUAAUCCGACCUAUAGCACAAGUACUGUAGCAUCGACUACGGUCACACCGCCGUCGACCACCGUCUCCAGUACAGCAAUGUUACCACCUUCGCGUAAACGCCCCAGACGUUCCUGUUCAUCUUGCCAUGAUAGUACGAAUUUCGCUAGCGCAUCUCAUUACCUGCAGUACGAGCUUCCCGAUGAAGUAUUGCUGACAAUUUUUAAGUAUUUAUUAGAAUUGGAUUUAUGUAGAGUGGCUCAAGUCUGCAGACGGUUUAAUACUAUCGCCAACGAUGUCGGAUUAUGGAAACGAUUAUACGGUCGUGUAUUCGAAUACGACUUACCAUUAUUCAACCCAACUCCCUGUAAGUUUGAAUUCAUAUCGCCCGAAGACAGCGAACUAACGAACCCGUGGAAAGAAAGUUUCCGCCAGCUUUACAAAGGUGUUCACGUCCGACCGGGUCACGAGAAUUUCAACGAUCCAGGACGUCGUCUACCUCAUUUCGAUACAAUCCAAGCAGCCUUAGACUAUUCCGAAGAACGAGGCCAGAAUUGCCCUCGCGUUUUCAUUCACGCCGGAAAAUACAAAGGCGAAUUUCUCGUCAUCGAUUCCUCAGUCGCAUUAAUAGGUGCUUCGAGCGGUAACGUAGCCGAAAAUGUAAUCCUCGAGAGGGAAUCGGAGACUACGAUUAUGUUCGUAGAAGGUGCCAAGCACGCUUAUCUGGGCUACAUGACGGUUAAAUUCUCACCAGAUGUGACUUCAGCUGCUCCACAUCACAAACAUUAUUGUUUGGAAGUGGGCGAACAUGCGUAUCCUACUAUUGAACAUGUUAUUCUUAGGAGUACCUCAGUUGUCGGCGCUGCAUUAUGCGUAAAUGGAUUAAACGCGAAUCCUACGGUUAGACAUUGUGACAUCAGCGAUUGCGAAAACGUCGGAUUGUACGUCACCGAUUACGCUCAAGGAACGUACGAAGAUAAUGAAAUAUGUCGUAAUGCUCUGGCCGGCAUUUGGGUGAAAAAUUUCGCCAAUCCUAUUAUGCGACGUAACCAUAUCCAUCAUGGCCGAGACGUCGGCGUCUUUACCUUCGAUAAUGGUCAAGGCUAUUUCGAUUUAAACAACAUUCACAACAAUCGUAUCGCCGGUUUCGAAGUAAAAGCCGGAGCCAACCCGACCGUAAUCCAAUGCGAAAUCCAUCACGGUCAAACCGGUGGCAUCUACGUUCACGAAAACGGUCUCGGCCAAUUUAUCGAUAAUCGUAUACAUUCUAAUAAUUUCGCCGGUGUUUGGAUCACGUCGAAUAGUAAUCCGACCAUCAGGAAGAAUGAAAUAUACAAUGGGCAUCAAGGAGGCGUUUAUAUAUUCGGAGAAGGAAGAGGAUUAAUCGAACAUAAUAAUAUUUAUGGCAACGCACUGGCCGGUAUCCAAAUCCGAACCAACAGCGACCCGAUAGUCCGCAACAAUAAAAUCCACCACGGCCAACACGGUGGUAUCUACGUCCACGAAAAAGGCCAAGGUAUCAUCGAAGAAAACGAAGUAUACGCGAAUACGCUGGCCGGAGUCUGGAUCACGACCGGUAGUACGCCGAUUCUGCGCAGAAACCGAAUCCAUUCCGGUAAACAAGUCGGUGUCUAUUUUUACGACAAUGGACACGGUAGACUAGAAGAUAACGAUAUCUUCAACCAUCUUUACUCUGGAGUUCAAAUCAGAACUGGGAGUAAUCCGGUGAUACGAGGUAAUAAAAUAUGGGGUGGUCAGAACGGUGGCGUUUUAGUCUACAACGGAGGUCUAGGUGUAUUGGAACGUAAUGAAAUUUUUGAUAAUGCUAUGGCUGGGGUUUGGAUCAAAACCGAUUCGAAUCCGACGCUCAGACGUAAUAAGAUAUUCGACGGUCGUGAUGGCGGUAUUUGUAUAUUUAACGGAGGACGAGGAAUCCUCGAAGAAAACGAAAUAUUCCGCAACGCUCAAGCCGGAGUACUGAUAUCAACUCAGAGCCACCCGCUUCUGAGGAAUAAUCGAAUUUUCGACGGCCUAGCUGCCGGUGUAGAGAUUACCAAUAACGCUACGGCGACGUUAGAGAAUAAUAAAAUAUUCAAUAACCGUUUCGGCGGACUUUGCUUGGCCAGCGGUGUACAUCCGACUGUUAAAAGUAAUGAAAUUUACGACAAUCAAGACGCAGUGGAAAAAGCCGUCAGCAACGGGCAAUGCUUGUACAAAAUCUCAUCGUACACGUCUUUCCCAAUGCACGACUUUUACAGAUGUCAAACGUGCAAUACUACCGAUAGAAAUGCCAUUUGCGUAAAUUGCAUUAAAACUUGUCAUGCUGGUCACGACGUCGAAUUCAUCAGACACGAUCGAUUUUUCUGCGAUUGCGGCGCAGGCACAUUAAACAACCAGUGCCAACUGCAGGGUGAACCAACCCAGGACACAGACACCUUGUACGAUUCAGCAGCACCGAUGGAAUCGCACACGUUAAUGGUAAAUUAGUAAAAAUUACUCUCGCCGCGAACUAUCGUACCCUUCUACCUUACUUUCGCACAACAAAUUGAGACACGUCUUCAAGUAUGAUUCAACUCGGCGGCGGCAUAAGAUGCAUUUAAAAGCCAUCUUCUCCUUCACCUUGGUCUCAAACGAGAAACGUAACCAAAUCAAAGAUUAAAGGAGCCGCGAAGCUGAAAAGCCGAUCCUAUUGGGAAGUCUCCUCGAAGGCUGAGGAUAAAAACGUGAUGACGUUUGAAACUAUUGCCAAAACAAGGAUUUUGAUUGAAAAAUUUCAAUUUUGUUAUACUGAAAUUAAUUGUAUAGAGUAAGAUUAUGGUAUUUUUUUUCUCGUAUUUUUAGGUUUCAGUUUUCUUUCUUUUCCCUCGGUACUAAGCAUUUUCUCUCUUUGUUUAUUCGUAUAAACGCCUCUUAUCGCGGGCUCUUGUAUUUUUCCCCUCCCCCUUUUCUCCCCUCCCCCUCUCUAUUACCGUGUAAUUAGAGAUUUUUGUGUUUAGAAAGAGCAGGUUUCUGUUUUAAUCCAAAGGAUCCUCCGUCUAUCCCUUGUGUGAGCAAGAUGAAAGAAAUCACGAGGGAUGAUGUCGUUUAUAAAAUUCAGUAUUACUUUUGUUUUCCUUUUUUUUUUUUUUUUUUUUUCGUUUCUUAUUAUUUUUUUUCAAUUUUGGCGCGCGUGCGAUUCCUUUUACUGUAAGUAAAGGGAGACAAUUUGAUGACCUUUCGAGUGCAUGGAAAGCUUCCUAUUUUUUUCAACGCUGUAGCGGAUCGUUUGACGAGGUCUUUUGGUCGUCAUUUUGGGUACAUCGAACGCGCACUCAUCUUGAUAACGUUACCAUUUUUAUUUAUUUUAAUUUUUAUUAGGUAUAAAAAUAUUAUUGCUUGUGUGUUAGUGUGUAUUAUAGGUAUGUAUUUGUGUGUGGAUGAUGAUUACGAUGGUGUUUGAGUCAAGUACCUUAUAUAUUAUAUAUAUAUGCUAUAUUAAUAGUGGUGAAAAGACUUUCUUCUUGUUGUUGUCUGAGACACGUUUCGAUAACGAUAUCCAAAGUGAUGAGAUAAUUUGUGUGAACUACGAAGUAUAAAAGAAAAAAAAAAUCACGAGCGUUGUGAGUUUCAUUUUAAUUACAUUUUACGAUUUUUUUUUCUUUCUUUUCUUCUCUUACGAGUAAUUUUUUCUUCGUCUGUAUUUCGCUGUUUGUAUUUUAUUACAUGUAAUUUUUAAGGUUUUUUUCUUUUUUCCCCUUUCCUUUUUCUUUCUUUACUUCGCGGAAUGUAGAUAAACUUGUAAUUCAUAUUUGAAAAAAUAAGACGAUCAUCGACGAUCGCGUGCUUCGAGUAUCGAUCGUUUAUAAGUUCAAAGCUGAUGUUUGUUUUCUUCUUUUUUUUUUUCUUUUUUGUUUGUUUAUUUAUGUAUUAAGCUGCUCUGGAAGCAGUAAAUGUGGUGAAGAUACUAUUACUCUAUAAUCAAAAUGAUUUUUCCUAAAAAUAGUUAAUGUAAUUUUCUAUUUUACGUUUGUAUAAUAUUAGAAUCCCACUCCCCGUUCUUGUAUUUUCCUCGCCCUGAUUUUCACUCAACGUGUUUUUGGCAGAGAGGGGUCAGAAAAUUUUUUUCUGUGUGUAGAAUUUGAUUGAAAAAAAGUCAAAAUUGAUCAAUACGAGAUGAAAAUCAUUCAAAAACGUUGAAAAUUACGUCAUCGAUCGAUUGGAUCAAAAUUCGGAAAUUUUUGAUCCUGCACCUCCCCUUGAAUUUGGGUGCUACUUUUGGUCAAAAUAGAUUUUCGAUUUUUUUUGUUCGCUAAAUUUCACCAAUGUUGGAGACUUUUUUAUUGAAGAGGUGCAAUUUUCGAAAACUUUCACUUUUUCUCAAAAAUGUUCGUUUUUUUGGUGUGGACUUCUGAAUUUUGCAGAAUACGGCGUGUAAGUGGAUCUGUGCUGUAUGAUGGUGGAUUUGUUUGAUUUAACGAAAUUUUGUGCAUGAUCUUUGGACGUUUUUGCUGUUGCAUUAAUUUAUAAAAAGUGAAUGAGGUCACUUUGCUAUUAUUUGAGCCCCCCUCCCCUCUCUCCUACUCAAAAUUGAUCGAUUUCCAUCACAUUUCUCUUACCCACAUUUGGGUGUACGUACCUGAUGAUCUUCGUGCAAUUUCUUAAUGCUUGAUGCAUUAUUCUUCCUCCUCCUUCCCUCCAUUCCUUCUCAUGAAUAAAAAUGAUGACGAAUUUUCAAGACGCGAGGAAUUUUUCGUAUAUAAGUGAUUCUUGGGUUGUGUGUUCAUAUUGUUUUAAUAAUAAUAUGUCGAAUUAAUAAGAAAAAAUACCUUCUGUUGCAUUGCUCGGAGUAUUUUUUGCUAUCCUUCUGCCUGGUUUUUUGAAUUAUUCCAAAAUGUCGGUAAAUUGAAAAAAUUACACGCGAAUGUCGCGUUUCUAUGGUUUAAUUUUUAUGUCUUUUUUCUCUUUAGGAGUCAUUUUAAAGUGACAUUGUUCUAUGUAAUUUGCUCACGUU